AUGAGUGCUAUAAGGAGGUACAAGGGGCCUGAGGCCCGACAGAUCCUUCGCAGCGGGGAUGUUGAAGUUAUCCCAGCAAAGGCAGUUUGCACAGUCAAGCCAGGUUCCCCUUUCAAACGGAAGGUACGGGUAGUCUCGUGUGGCAAUUUUGCCACCACCACAGAGGAGGCCCAACUCUACGCCGGAGGAGCGGGAGCUGAAACGCUAAGGACUUUGCUUGUGCAUAAUGGUAGAAGAGGCAGGCGAUGUCAUGGGUUGGACGUGAAGUCAGCGUUUCUGUUGGCGCCAAUCCCGGCGUAUGUGAAGAAGAAGUACGCAGUGAGACCGCCGAGACUGUUGGUUGACCUCAACAUAUGCUCUUCUGACGAAGUUUGGAUGAUAGAUAGGGCACUAUAUGGAUUCCGUGAAUCACCACGUUGGUGGUCAGUGCAUCGCGACUCGGUACUAUCCACAGCAAACUGGACCACAGAGCACGGAAAUCUACGUCUUCGACAAUUGGCCAGUGAUUCAAACGUCUGGUCGAUAGAAUUGGACACCGGGGGUUGUUUGGGACAUCUCCUAGUCUAUGUCGACGACAUGCUCAUCAUGGCGGACGACUCCGUGGCUCAGUCGGUCUUUGAGUGGAUAAGAAGUCGGUGGGACUGUACCGAGCUGCAAACAGCAACCAAGGAGAAACCCUUGAAGUUUCUAGGGGUGGAUAUUUAUGAGGAGACGGACGAGUAUGGCACAAUAGGGUUUAGCUUAGGCCAAGAAGGAUACAUAGAUGAGGUAAUCCGCAAUCAUGGCACCCAAGCAAAUCCUCGUGCUACAACACCGACGCCGAAAGAGUGGGUGCGUGAAGCACCCCCUCACGAGGACUACACUCCUGAAUCCUUGCGAGAAGGACAGCGCAUAACUGGGGAAUUACUGUGGAUUGCACAGAGAACUAGAUUGGAUGUCGCCUACAGCGUUGGGAUGAUGGCGAGCCUUGUGUCAAAGUCGCCGGGAUACGUUGUGAAAUUGGGCAUCAGAGUGCUGGAGUAUGUAGCAAUGACCAAGGACCAUCGGUUGGCCCUUGUUCCUGGAAAGGCAGACGGCAUCCGGAUAUACACGGAUGCGUCGUUUGCGCCGCAUGGAGAGCACUCGAUAACGGGCGUCAUUCUGCAGUAUGACGAGUGUAGUGUGGUGUGGAAAUCCAAGAAGCAGAGCCUGGUGACGCUCAGCACCGCGGAAUCAGAACUGGUGGCGGGUUGUGAGGGCCUCGUUCUGGGCCAGUCGCUUGAGGCUCUGAUACAAGAGCUAGAAGGCGAGCCCCAGAUGAAACGUCUCCUGGUAGAUAAUACUGCGGCCGUCAUCCUAGCAGAGGGAGGCGGCAGCCAACGUACCAGUGCUGAAGAGGAUGAGGACAUUGAUGGUGAAGUCAGAGCCAAUCCGGAACCUAUGGUGGCGACUGGAGAGGCAGCUCGCUCUGUGGAAGGGCCGAGUACAUCUACUCCCGCGGCUCCUACCGGGGGCAUGGGAGAUUCAAUGAUGAGCCUGGCUGCUGCCACGGACGUCGGCGCAUCAGGGCCGGAUGAUCGCACUACUGCACAAGGGGCGGUGGUGACUGAGCCCAGAGGCGAGCGAAGUGGAUCAGCUCAGGGCCCGGGUAGUGUUCUAUCUGGAGUGCUGCGUGCGGUUCAAACGUUACCGGCGACUGUUGAGGGCUUGGUGAGCCGAUCAGGCUCUGGCCGAGGCAUUCCCGGCACGCCAGGACUGCGGGACAGUGUGGAGUAUGCCUCCGUGACGUCUUCUGCUGAGGUGCGGCCGAGGCCGCCGACAACGGAUGCUGGCCCGCCUGAAGGGCCUUUGUUUGACUCGUAUGCUCUGGAGAGGCUUCAAAGGCUACAAGAGGGAGCCCCGUUGCUUUAUCCAGGUGAUGCAUCAAUGUUGCCAAGUCCGCCGAGACCACCGUCUACUUCGUCGAGUGACGUUCAAGCGGAGGUUCGAAGGCAGCUUGCAGAACUGAUGUCUAUCCGCGAUGAAGAAAGCAGGAGUCGCAUCUCCAAGUACCCCGACGUUCAACCCCCGAAGAACUUGCAUCAGGAGCCCGGCGGUUCGAACCAGCCCAGAGCCCACGAGAAAGGUGUGGUAGGUGCAGGGGAGGUACCGCCUGAUGUGGCCUCUCAAGCUGCAGUCGAAGCGCCCAGGACGGAAGCCGACCUGGAUCCGAUGACUGUGGUGCUUUCGGGCAUGGCUCAGCUGCAGUCCGUGGUAACGGAAUUAACAAGCCCUAAGUCCCAGGAGAAGCCCGAGGUCAUAAAGCCUGGGGUAAUGGCACUUCCCGAACUCCCAGGCCAUGGACCAGAGUCAUCGUUGGCCUUCGCAGACUGGCUUCACGCGAGUAAGCCUGCCCUUGCGGAUAUAUCCGACUCGUCUGAAGAGCUUUGGACCCUGACAAUAGCCGAAGCCACUGAAUGGUAUAGCUCCUACCUGAGGUUGGACCCGCUAGGUCAAGCGGAUCCACCAAGCACGGAUGCGAAUUCCCAGCAGAUAAAGAGCAUGCUAGCAGACCCUCCGGUUGCCGCUGUACCAAUGUCUGCGGCGCCUGUGCCGCCUAGCGCCAAGGUUGCCGCGGCGACCAGGGCAGUCGCGCUUCUUGACAGUGGUGAUGCGAGACAGGAGUGGCUUAAGACGGCGGGCGGAACGCUUGUGGUACCGCCCGAGGUAGGCAAACUAAGCACAGGGGUUCCCGAUGAAGUGAAGGCCUCGUUGGCCGAGGACCUCCCAGGAGGAAGCCCUUCGGAAGGAAAGGCCGUUCUUAAGGAGAAGGGCAUGCCGCUACUUCAUGUAGAUAUCCUUGAGAAGGGUGGAAAGGGAUGGGACCUAACUAAGCCAAAGGGGGUAUGGAGAGCCUUGAUGUGGGCAGCCUUGCAUGGAAAGAUAGCCGUGGUGCUGUCGACCCCUCCGAAAUAUCAGGAGGGCCCGCGUCGGACACUGGCUCAGCAGGGAAUGUUCCUUUGGUCUUUGGCCUCUAUUGCCAGGGGUGUCGGGAUUCCCUAUGUUGCAGAGCACCCAGGGUUGCCCGAGCCCAUUGCAGCUUCCUUUGAGGAUUGGUCAGGUGUCACCCGUGUUAAGCUUAGCCAAGGGGCUCUUGGAGAUAGGUUCCUAGGCGAGCUUGAGUGGAAAGGGGAAGAUCGCACCCCCCCGAAGGGAAGGGAGUGGACUGAGUUGGACCGUCGCAUAGCUCAAGCCCGAGCCCAGUCCACUCGGGUCCCGCUACCUGCUUCCCCGCGCACGACAGUGCAGGACGAGGAGGCGGAGGCCUUGCUGAGAGCCUUUGAGGCGGAGAGUGAAAUGUCGUCAGAUGUAGAAGAGGAGACACCUGAGGAUCCCGAGGACCCAGAGGUGCAAGUGCAGCGAGUUGGUGAUCUGUCGCCCGCUGAGGUGGAGCGCUGGAAGGCACAUCUGCAGAACGGUCAUGUGCCUUAUAGGCGUGAUUGCAAGCAGUGUGUUGAGGGUGCGGGCGUUGGUGUGCAGCACCGUCGGGUGCGGCACCCACAAAGCUACGCGCUCUCUGCUGAUUUGUUUGGCCCACUUCCUGUGGGAGAGCAUGGCCGAGAUGAAACAUGUGUGUCGGGGCGAUGCCACCUGAAGUAUGCCCUCAUUGGAGCCUUCAGGGUUCCGAGGUCCGCAGUUGAAGGACAUAUUAAGGACACUGGGGUAGAGGAUCUCUUUGGCGAGGACCCCACGGUAGACCCUUUAGAUGAAGUCGGGUCCGAGUACGCACCUUCCGAGCCCCCACUGGAGCUCCCCGUAGAUCCUGAGGGAGAAGGGGUUGCACCCGCCAUUCCCGAUAACAAGGUAGCUCUGGACCCGAUGCAGGAGGAUUUGCUGCGUGAACUCUUUGAGGAGCCGAACGCUGAAACAUGCUCCCGGGCCCCACCCGCGUUUAGUGUUGAGGCUGUACGUGGAACCUCUAAAGAGGAGCAGAGCAUCCUUGUUGAGGAAUCAACUCCCCGGGACCCAGAGGCGCUUAAGGCCCUUAUCGAGGAUUUAAGGCAACCUGUUGACCAAGUUGUUCUUAGAUAUGUAAUUCCUUUGAAAGGGAAAUCAGGCCCCGAGGUUGCAGAGGGACUGCAGAAAAUGAUUUUGUCCAUCAACACUAGGUACCCAGUGCGGAUUCUGCACACGGAUUUGGGAACUGAGUUCAUUUCCAGUCAGCUAUCUAAGUGGUUAGCGGGUCAAGGUGUGGUGGAUCCCACUACGAUAGACGGGGCCCAGCUCCCAACGCUCCAAGACCAAGGCGAAGGGGCAGAUCAGGAGGAGCUUGAUCCCCCUGGUGUUGUGCUAGAGGAGAUGCUUCCAUUGCCCGGACGGAGCGGCUCCGGAUCGCAG